AUGUGUUUUGUCUUUUUUAGACUGGCUUUCACAGAAUCGGAGGGAGUACAGGCUAUUGUUGCCGCACUGAAUGGAAAAACUAACUUCCAGCUCCAGUACCAACUAGCUUUUGCUCUAUGGUGUCUCACCUUCAAUCCUGAAAUUGCUCGCCGCACACCUUCACUUGGCGUAAUUCAAGCCCUAGGAGAUAUUCUUUCUGAAUCGUCGAAGGAAAAAGUUAUACGUAUCAUCAUAGCAACGUUCAGCAACAUUCUAAAAAAAGUGGAAGAGAAAGAUAUAAAAAAAGAAGCAGCUUUGCAAAUGGUCCAGUGCAAAACUCUUAAAACACUUGAACUUACAGACGCCAAAAAGUAUGGUGACACUGAGCUUGAGGAAGAUGUCGAGUUCUUGAGUUCUCAGCUUCAGCUGUCUGUUCAGGAUCUGAGUUCCUUUGAUGAAUACUGUAGUGAGGUUCGCUCUGGUCGACUGCAGUGGUCUCCAGUGCACAAAUCAGACAAAUUCUGGAGAGAAAACGCUCCUCGAUUCAACGAGAAGAAUUUCGAGCUCAUUAAGAUAUUGAUACGGCUUUUGGAAACCAGUCAAGAUCCUCUGAUUCUUUGCGUAGCAGCUCACGAUGUUGGAGAGUACGUGAGACACUAUCCUAGAGGAAAGACUGUGAUUGAACAGUACCAAGGAAAGCAGGCAGUGAUGCGACUCCUAACUGCAGAGGACCCCAAUGUCCGCUACCAUGCAUUGCUCGCUGUUCAGAAACUCAUGGUGCAUAACUGGGAAUACUUAGGGAAACAACUCGAUGUAGAAGCUCCUGAAACUGUAGCAGUCAAGUAG